ACAAUUCAAGAAACUUCAACGCGUCGAAAAAAAACAAAGAAAAAUGAUAAUGAUGAAUAUAAUGAUAGCAAUUGCGAUGAAGAUAGCGACGAUGCUGGUACUAUUUUUUUAAAAAAAAUUAAAAGUCGUGAUACGAUUCAAAUGUGUGUAUCAUUUGAUCAUUUUUUUCAACCUGUAGCUGUUAGUGACGUGGUCGAGGAGAGCGAUUAUGAAGAUAAAAAGUCUCGUUCUAAAAAUAUUUCCAAGAAAACUGCGAAUAAAGCUCUUGGAAAUUUAAACUCCAUUCAGAAUAAAUUAAAGGCUUAUUUUAAGGCCAAGAAUGAGGAGCGUUACAGUUGGUUACAAGAAGUCAAGGAUGCUGAUGGAAAUCUAGAAGAAUUAUAUGAACGUGAUGCGGAUAUUGGACAUAAGGAAUUUGACCUUAAGCUUACUGACCGCGAAGAGAAAAUUAUUCGACGUGAACUGACGUCUGUUCUUACUGCUGGUACGAUUGUCGAAGGUGGAUUAUUGACCAAUGAGAUGGCAACAUAUUGCAUGUCGAUUAAGGAAUCAUGUCCUGCGGAAAAUGCUCCACCUACUUUUGGGAUUUGCUUUGUUGACACCGCAACAGCAGAAUUUCAUCUCGCGUCGUUUGUCGAUGAUGUUGAUAGAACUCAGUUUGAAACGCUGAUUAUGCAAGUAAAACCAAAAGAAAUAGUAUUCGAGAAGGUAAAUUGUAUCGGUGCUCUCAAUAAAUUCUUUUUCUUAGCGUUAAAAACUAAUGUAUGUAUAAAUACAAAUAAACAGGGAAUGCUUAGUCAAUUAUCAAAACGUAUCUUGAAAGAUUGUACCAAUCGUCCAAUAUGGACUGCACUCAAACCUGAAAGUGAAUUCUGGGAUGCUAAUACAACGAGGAGUCAGCUUAGGAUGUCUCGAUACUUUUCUAGUAAUCAAAAUGCAUCAAUUGCUCAAAAUGAUGUAGAUAAUGAUGGUGAUAUAACAAUGUUUAAUAAUGAUGAAGGAAACAAAAUUGAAACAUGGCCAAGUGCGGUUCAAGAAGCUUUAAAGGAUCCUCUGAUGCUAUCAGCUUUAGGAGUUUUUAUUUUCGGCAAUUUAACAGGAAAGCGCGCUUUCAAACAAUGGUUAUGCCAUCCGCUUCGUGACGUUGCUGCUAUUGACGCACGUUUAGAUGCGAUCGAUGAAUUAAACACCGUUCCUGACUUUCAAGAUAUGUUCACUGAAAAUUUUUCUCAUUUUCCCGACCUUGAACGCUUGAUAAGCAGAAUUCAUGCUGGAACGUGUAAGGUGAAAGAUUUUUUGCACGUAUUAGUUACUUUCGAAAAAUUGACGGCAUAUAAAGAAGGUAAUAUGCCUUUUUACGCUACAUACAUUAUUAUUUAUAUUAUUGCUAACACAUUUACAUCGUAUUUAUUAGGCAAUCUAUUACCAUUUCCUGGAAUUGAAAGUGAUUAUGACGAAAUUAUUGACAGAAUGACGGAAAUUAACAAAAAGCUUGACGAUCAUUUAGAAGAUGCAAAGAAAGUCAAUCGUUAUUGGAAUCCAACUCUCCAAAAACUUGUUAGGGAUUUUCAAGAAGUAAAAGAAACACAGUCUAGUAUAUUGAAAUCUAUACAAGGCCGCUUUUAUCAAAAAUUUGAUGCACAUUAUCGUAAUUGGCUUCUUGCCGUCAAAAUUGUUGGUGAAGUUGAUUGUUUGCUUAGUUUGGCUAAAAGUUCAGUGGCAUUGGGUG